AUGGACAUUCAAGAAAAGCUGCACGAGGUGAAGAAGCUGCUGGAGCUGCAAACCUGCAAGAACGACGAAUCGAGGGAAAGUCUGAUAAAGCUUAUGAGGGAAUUGUAUUUGGCCUAUAUGCUUCACCGGACCGAGGAGGUGAAUAAAUUUUUGAAAAUACGGCAAAGAGUGGAAUGGGAAAUAUAG